UUAACAAACACGUACCACUUCUACCUGCCUUGAACUCAAUAUCCUCUUCAGAGUCUCACAGUGGACUCUGGUAUGGUCUCAAGAAAACCAGAGAUUUGCCCUAAACUAGGAGGCAACAGAUGGCUGUUAUAAGUGAUCCACCAGUAACUAGAGAAGUGGUACUACAUUUCCUCAGGAGUUCCAGGCUGCCGAGCCUUCUCUGUGGUACCAAAGGUAGAAUGACUGGGCUUCAAAAACCUGAUCAAUCAAUCAAAGUCUUUGCUUUCUUUUCAUUGUCUUUGAUGUCUACUAAUCUGUGUCCCAAAGAGUUAGAAGAAUGCACUUCUCCCCAGAGAUUCUAGUAACUUCCAUGUAGAUGAAAAUACAGGCAAUACUGCAGGAAGUCAAGUUUUAGUUUUGCCUGGGAAGGACGCCAGGGAAAAUGGAAAUACUUUCCUCUUUGUUUUCCCAAACUACCAAGGCGACUACGUGCAAUUUCCUCCAUUAGUUGUAACCUUUCUAGAAAAGGGGAGGAGAAUCUCCUCUCCCAGAUCUGAGCUCAUUCAUCUAAAACAGUCUUAACUUACAUCUCUAUGCUGCUUUGCUGUGUAAAGUUUUCUCUCGUUGAUAUGAUGGGGAAGGAACUAAAUAUUUCUGAAAUUAGAUAGGACCAGCAGGUUGAUCUGAGAAAAUGAAUGACUGCUUCUUAAGGUGUGUUUCUGCAGGAUGCAAGAUGAUGAACUCCAGGUGUGACCUCUCAAGGAUGGUGCAGGGGUUCGCCCAUGAGCAGGCUCAGCAGGGGUGCGUCCUGCCCUGGGCAUGAGUCAGCACGCAAUUGGGUAAGUUGGCGAGCCUUGGCUUCCCUGGUUAGAGUAUCCAGCCUCCAAGAGUUAACCUGCAGCUCUGCUCAGAAGAGCAGGACAGAGGAUCCAAAAGCGUCCGGCACUCUGGCUUGCAGGGGAAUGACAUGCGGUUUUGAACAAGCAGCUGCUGCAGCAGGUCUGGUAGGUUUCAGAAAGUGCCGAGAAGUCUUAAGUCCACCAACCUGCAAAGAAAAAGGGAAUAAGAUUCUGGAAGGACGUUUGUGUUACUGGGAAGCAAAAGCGCCUUUGAGUAGUACAAUCAGGAAAAAUGGCCAAGCGCACCUUCUCCACAUUGGAGACGUUCCUGAUUUUCCUCCUUGUAAUGAUGACUGCCAUCACAGUGGCCCUUCUCAGUCUCCUGUUUAUCACCAGUGGGACCAUUGAAAACCACACAGAUUCAGGAAGUCAGAAUUUUCCAACCACUCAGAGCACUCCAGUUAAUGGGCACUCCACAGCCACCCAGAGUUCUCCAGUGACUUGUACCCCAGAGCCUCCUCUAGUUCAGAAUUUCAGUGGCUACCACAUUGGUGUUGGGCGAGCAGACUGCACAGGACAAGUAGGAGAUAUCAAUCUGAUGGGCUAUGCCAAAACUGGCCAGAAUGCACGGGGCCUCCUCACCAGGCUGUACAGCCGGGCUUUCAUCAUAGAAGAACCUGAUGGGUCAAAUCGAGUGGUUUUUGUCAGCAUUGACAUAGGCAUGGUAUCCCAAAGACUCAGGCUGGAGGUCCUGAACAGACUGCAGAAUAAAUAUGGCUCUCUGUACAGAAAAGACAAUGUUAUCCUGAGCGGCACUCACACGCACUCAGCUCCCGCAGGGUAUUUCCAGUACACUGUAUUUGUCAUUGCCAGCGAGGGAUUCAGCAAUCGAACUUUCGAGUACAUGGUCGAUGGUAUUGUGAAGAGUAUUGAGAUUGCACACACAAAUAUGAAACCAGGAAAAAUCUUCAUCAAUAAGGGAAAUGUGAAUGGAACACAGAUCAACCGAAGCCCUUACUCUUAUGCUCAGAACCCACCGUCAGAGAGAGCAAGGUAUUCUUCAAAUGUAGACAAAGAAAUGGUCAUCCUAAAAAUGGUAGAUUUGAAUGGAGAUGACUUGGGUCUUAUCAGCUGGUUUGCCAUCCACCCAGUGAGCAUGAACAACAGCAACCAUCUUGUAAAUAGUGACAACAUGGGCUAUGCAUCUUACCUUUUUGAGCAAGAAAAGAACAGAGGAUAUCUACCUGGGCAGGGCCCGUAUGUAGCAGCUUUCGCUUCAUCAAACCUAGGAGAUGUGUCUCCCAACAUCCUUGGACCACACUGCACCAACACGGGAGAGUCUUGUGACAACGCCAAUAGCACUUGUCCCAUUGGUGGGCCUGGCAUGUGUGUUGCUAAAGGACCACGACAGGAUAUGCUGGAAAGCACACAAACUAUAGGACAGGCCAUAUAUGAGAAAGCACAGGAACUGUAUGACUCUGCCUCCCAGGAGAUAACUGGACCACUGGUUUCGGCUCACCAGUGGGUGAAUAUGACAGACGUGACUGUCCAGAUCAAUUCUACACACACAGCAAAAACGUGUAAACCAGCGUUGGGCUACAGCUUUGCAGCUGGAACCAUUGAUGGGCCAGGAAGCCUCAAUUUUACACAAGGGACAACGGAAGGGAACCCAUUUUGGGACAGCCUUCGGGACCAGAUCCUGGGCAGGCCGUCUGAGGAAAUCAAAGAAUGUCAGAAACCAAAGCCAGUCCUUCUUCACACUGGAGAGCUAUCAAAACCUCAUCCCUGGCAUCCAGAUAUUGUCGAUGUUCAGAUUAUUACUCUUGGGUCCUUGGCCAUAACAGCUGUCCCCGGGGAGUUUACGACCAUGUCUGGACGAAGACUUCGAGAGGCAAUUCAAGCAGAAUUUACAGCUUAUGGGAUGCUGAAUAUGACAGUUGUUAUUUCGGGUUUGUGCAAUGUUUAUACACACUAUAUCACCACUUAUGAAGAAUACCAGGUUCAGCGGUAUGAGGCAGCCUCUACAAUAUAUGGACCGCACACUCUGUCUGCUUAUAUCCAGCUCUUCAGAGGCCUUGCUAAGGCCAUUGCUACGGACACAGUAGCCAACCUGAGCAGAGGGCCUGAGCCUCCAUACUUCAAACAAUUGAUCGCCUCAUUCAUUCCUACCAUUCCAGAUAGAGCACCAAUAGGCAGAACUUUUGGAGAUGUCCUUCAGCCAGUGAAUCCUAAAUACAGAGUGGGAGAGGUUGCUGAAGUUGUAUUUGUAGGUGCCAACCCAAAGAAUUCAGCAGAAAACCGGACUCAUCAGACCUUCCUUACUGUGGAGAAAUAUGAGGCCACUUCAGCAUCAUGGCAGAUAGUGUGCAAUGAUGCCUCCUGGGAGACUCGUUUUCAUUGGCACAAAGGAUUCCUGGGUCAGAGCAAUGCAACAAUAGAAUGGCAUAUUCCGGACACUGCCCAGCCUGGAAUCUACAGAAUAAGAUAUUUUGGACACAAUCGGAAACAGGACAUUCUGAAGCCUGCAGUCAUACUUUCAUUUGAAGGCACUUCUUCUGCUUUUGAAGUUGUAACUACUUAGUGAAGAGUUGAUCCAUCAUUUCAAGAGCAGCUUUCCUCUGCACAGUGUAUAACUGAUUUUACAUGAGUGUGAACUACCUUGUUGACUUCUGUAAUUGUCCCUAUUUGGGGCAAAUAAUUUACUGCUGAUGGGCCAGAGGUGUGUGUGUGUGUGUGUGUGUGUGUGUGUGUGUGUGAUUUAUCAUUUCCCAGCAGACAUGCACCUUGUGGCCUAUAGCCCAAAGCAUGAUUUCUCCUGAAGCCUUGUUGCUAUUUAAGGGAUAUUGCCUUUUUGAAUGAAACCUCUGAAAUGUUAGUGAGAAUGGUUGAGAUGUGUGAACAAUGUUUAACCUAUUUAUUUACAGAAUUAUGGAAUGUUAGCACUGGAAAAUGUAUAGAAAUUGUCUAUAUUGAAUCCUUUAUUUGACAUAUGAGAAAAAUGAAGCUUUAUGGGUGUGAGAUUAGAUAAAGUUAUAGGACCUUUCCUCCCAAAUCCAUUUAAAAGUAUUAUGUAAACCUUGACAUAAGCUUGAGCCUCAUUAGAGAAACAGAAAAUUAGCAUAUCAGAUUUCCAACAUUCAAAUGAGCAUAGACUUUCAAAAGCGGUUAUCCUGGAGUUGAUGUGCCUAACCCUAAGUAGUUGUUGAUGCUCAAAUCAUUUUUGGAAUUGCCUUCAGAGGCCAAUUAUAAGAAAGUCAGACUUAUACUUUGAUCAUGCCUUGUACUAAGUGUCCUUAUCUCAUUUGAUUAUCUCUCAUUCCCUAGACUUAGUCAAAUAAAUUUUGACUAUUUUUAUUAAUCAAAUUCACCCCAAACCAUGGAGCUGUGCCAUUAGUGCAGAUAUUAAAAUUAAAGUAUUAUUAGCUGAAAAGGCAGUCUUCAAAGAGAAGGUUCUAAAUGCAUUUAUUUGUCCUUUUAUCACUCACUCACUCAUUCAUGGACAAAUUCGGUCAUAAAAUAUCUAUGAAGACCUCCCUGUCUAGCACUGUAAUAUGGCAGGACCUUGACAGACAGAGAGAUUGUAUAUGGAGUGAUGCAUAAGUAUCAAAGGUGACUAUUUUGAAAAUGAAAGUAUUAAAUGGUGAGGCAUUUAAAAAUCAGUAAUUCUCAAGUCACACCUUAUGUAUCAUCUGUGUUGGAUACUCUAAUUUGGGGGGAAAGAGGUUUCAGACUAUUUGAUAAAUACUAUCUUGAAAGUUACUUUUAGAUACUGUGAACUGUACAGCCUAAUGUCUCAAAUAAUCAGAUAUGACAAUCUGACAUUGAUCACCUGAAAACGCUAACUGCACUUAAAGCUAUCUAAGUUAACUAGGAGCUCCCAGAUUGAAAAGUAAAUUUCCAAACCCCAAGUCAUACUUCUGCAUGUGUGCAAAACUUUAACAUAU